AUGCGGCCAGAACCCCAGCGUGGCCUUGGGCUGCCCCCGGGGCCAGGGGCCCUGCCAGAGGCUCGGGCCCGCCUCAGGCUCCAGGUGCUCCAGGUCCGAGCGCCUCGGCUGAGCUUUACUUGCUGCACUCACUGGGACUACCAGAGGGGCCCCCUCCCCCACGGGCUGUCCGUCAACGCCCCGGCUCGGGUAGGUGGGGGUGGCAGCCCUCGAGGGGUGGGCGCGGCCCCGGUGGCACCCGCACAAAGGCCAGGCGGCCCGUCAGUCACGCAGUCUCGGGUCGGGGCGGGGGGUCGACAGCUUGACCCCGGAUCCCUCGGACAAUGGGGGCCGCGCCCGCCCAAAGGAGGGUCUCCGCCCCCUAUUGUCUCCUCCGACCCGCUUCCGCGCCCCCUACCGGGCCGGGGCCCCGCCCAAGCCACCAUCGCAGCCGCCGCAUCCCCUGAGCCCCCGGUCCCCCCCGAGCCUCCGAGAGAGGCUCCGCCCGGCGACAGACACAAAGCAGCGCCCGUCGAACCCGGACCACCGCAGCCCCCGCCCCGCUCCACCCGGCGGAGCCGCGGUCCAGCUCCGGUCAGCCGCCGCCGGCCGCCCAGCCCGCCCAGCUCCCCCGCCCUGCCAUGCCUCUGCCGCCGCCGCCGCCGCGCCGAGGCCCCGCACCCACCUGCUCGGUCCGAGCCGCCCGGCCACACUCCGAGCACCAACAGACCCGGGCGCGCACAAAAGCGCCAAACAGCGGCACGUGACCGCCCCGCGGGGCUCCGCAUUGGCUGA